AUGUCCUCACCCCAGGUGUUGCGCAUUCCUCGGUCGGACAAGCCGCAUUCUCAUGUCCUGGUACAGGUCUCUCAGGCGGGUCAGGGCCAGGCCUCGUUAGAUUUGACCCUCGUCGGCACCGAAGGGGAGCAUCCAUAUGUAGCAUCCAUCCGUGAAUCCCGGGUGCAAGCGCUCCGAAACAAACAUUACCAGGGUUCGGAUAAAGAAUGGAUGGCAGUCAUCGCCCAUGUCCUCAAACAGGAGCCCGUCUCGACCGAGGAGGAUCCAUCGUGGACCACCGGAGUCGAAGCGUCUGCCAGUAUCUCCGAGGGAAAGGGAGGAGGUCAAGACCAAGAAAUCGUCAUCACGAUCCGGAAAAGAGUGCAAGAGAUCACGCAAAGACUCGGCUCCAUCAUUCUCAAACAAGAUGAAGACCAAGAGAUCGCCCUCUUUGAAUGGACCGCUCUCGCCGUAUCCAAUGCCGAGAGCCUUCAAUCCCAAGUCACCACGCUGACAGACCGCAUUCACAAUGCCGAAGACACCAUCCUCAAAUUGAAAAUGCAACUGAGCAUACUCAUCGAGAGCAAAUCUACCCAUGAUAAACAAUUAAUGGCCAAUUUUGUGCAGCUGCUGAACCAGAAGAAACUCAAGAUUCGCAAUCAGCAGCGUCUCUUGGCGUGUGCAACACCGGACCCGAAGAGAGUUGCCGAAAUCCAGGCAGCAAUUAGCAGCAGCAGCAGCAGCAGCAGACCUCGUCAAGGAGAACCCGGCCAUACAUCCACCAAGAGAAAAGGACCGGCAUCGGCAGCGGGCACAAACGACGAAGACUCGCAGUCGGACUCGGACUCUGGCUUUGAAAAGAUGGACAUUGACCAGAGGGCCCCAACCCAAAAGCCAGAAGGGGACGACGAAGAAACCGACGAUGAGGACGAGGAGAGAUCCACCCCACAGCCCUUGGAAGACGAAGAAGAGGAGCAAGCGGAAGAAGAGAGAUUCGAGCAUGUAAACACCGACGAAGAAACCGCAACCGACGAUGAUGAUGAUCAACCGGAGCAAAAAGAAGAACCAACCACAAUGAGAAAACCAUCCCCGCCUCAGCAACACAAGCCCGCAGGAAAAUCAUCCAAGCCAACCGCACCGGAUCUCAAGACUCAAUCCAAAGAGACCACGCCUCCCCCGCGACGCGAACUGCCAUUCUCAAGACGGGGAGCGAGGACCGGGGCACAGGCACAGACACAGCUACAGGCACAGGAAACCCAGUCAAACUUGAACGUUCGAGGAGAAGACGAGGAGACGGCGGGAGAGACGGAUGAUGAUGAGCUUUGA